UUCAGUUUUAUGUUUUGUUUUGUUUUUUUCUUCUGUUUCUUUCCGGUUGUCUGUUCUAAGGAUUAAAGCAGAGAUGGGAGAGGCAGAAGCAAUCCUCACGGAAGAAAAGCCAAGUGAUCCAAUCUCUAGCCCAGUGGAGGAGUCAGUGAUUUGGAGUCAAGAGGUUGAGGUGUGCUUGUUCCAUGCUAUGCUUGGCCAUAAACCUGUAGGUGUAAAUCGCCACUUUCAUAUGAUCUGCAUUCGAGACAAGUUUAGUCAAAACAUUGGUCGACAGGUGUCUUCAAAAGUGAUUUGGGACCACUUGAGCACAAUGUAUGACAUGCAAGCACUGCAUGAGUCAGAAAUCCUUCCAUUCCCCAAUUCUGAAAAAAGUUUUGUUCUUCCUGAAGAAAUCAUUCAGGAAGUGAAAGAAGGAAAAUCUGGUGCUGAGGAAGAUACAAAAGAAGAUGUCAAAGAAGAAAAUGAACCACAGGCAAUUUCAGAAGAAGGGAGCAUCAAUUCUGUGAAACUGGCCGAAAAAGUCAGCAACAAAGAAAAGGAGAGAGACAAAGAGAAGGUUUCAAGUGAGGGUUCUUCCAAGGAGGCAGCAGAUAAAAGGAAGCGGAAUCGAGCCACAGAGAAAGUGCUAACUGCAAACAGCAAUCCUUCCAGCCCGAGUGGAGCCAAACGGCGCAGGACGUAGCAGAAGACCUGGAACUGUAGUGCGCUCAUUUUUGAGUUGGAAAGAGAAUUGGUUUGCAGAAUCUGACAAAGAAGGACAAUUGGGGAAAAAUGCCAACUAGGGGAUGAUGGUGGCAAUGUACAGUAUUUGCUGUUUGUUCUUAGUGAUGAUUUAUAAGCCUGGCAAAGAGGUGAACAGAUUUAACAAGACAAGAACAAACUACAAUUUGAAAUCAUUCUCAUCCUUUCCGGCUGUCAUCCUUUUUGGAACAAAUGUAAUAAGUUUCUCGUUAACUUUAUGCCAUCUACUGACAACAUGAGUGACUGUAACUCUGAAUGGACAGCUGCACAUAGUCUGUCGCCCCAUGAUGUCGGGUUAUACAAGUCUAAAAAACACUUUGGAAUUGGUGCGUAGUAUGAUGCCAGCUCUUUUAAAUUACAGCUCUUUCCCUUUAAAGGGAAAACUAAAUAAAGGCCAGUAAAAUGGUGAGAAUACACCUCUAUAUUGUUGUAACUGAUAGUUUAUCUGAGUAUUGUGUGCACUCUGUGCAGUAUGAUGUUCUGAUUCCUAGCAGCAUGUUUGAGUAAGCCCCUGAUCAUUUAAAAAAAGCCACAUUUUAACAUUGCUGCAUGUGUGUAGUAUCCAUCACAGUUAGAUAAUUAAGCUGUUAGGAAAUAUUAGGAUUUUGGUCAGUUGUGUCUACACUUUUAGAAAAAACUUUUUAAAUUGUAUAUGAAAUAACAAAACAGUCUUUUAUCUAUGUUCUUUUUGAGGGCAGGCAUUUAAUCUCGUAGAUAAUCAAAUUGUUUUAAGUAGCAGUGGCAUCGAAUCUUGUAAAGAUAUCUGCAGUGAUGUAGGUUUUUAUAUUCUAUUCACAUUCUGUAUGUUUCCUAAAUAAACUUUGGAAAGGCUGCCUGGUAA